UCCCUCUCCAGCGCCGUCCACCGAGCAUCUCUUCUUUACCUCAGCAGAAGAAGAAGAAUCUCAGCAAUGCCAGUGGAUCUGAACGGAUACUGGAAAAUGGUUUCCAAUGACAACUUUGAGGAGUACAUGAAAGCGCUAGAUGUAAAUAUUGCCAUCAGGAAAAUUGCCUGCUUGCUGAAGACUGACAAAGAUAUCGUUCACGACGGGGACCACAUGAUCAUCAAGACCCUGAGCACCUUCAAAAACUACAACAUGGACUUCUACGUGGGCAAAGAGUUUGAGGAAGAUCUGUCUGGAGUGGAUGACAGGAAAUGCAUGACCUCCAUCAACUGGGAGGGAGACAAGCUGGUGUGUGUUCAGAAGGGAGAGAUUGAAGGAAGAGGCUGGACCCACUGGAUGGAAGGAAAUGAGCUUCAUCUG